AUGCCUCCGGCCAAAUCCAUCUCUUUCGAGCUUCUCCUGGAUGAGGGCUCCAAGACAAGAGCACGAAUCCCCCUCAGGGUCGUGUUGAACACCCACGACAGUACUGAGUCUAUCAUCACCACCGUGAAGAAUUUCUAUGGCAUAUACGAUGGCAAUGGAGUGAGCUUUGAAGAUUCAUGGGGAAAUACGCUCAUUGCGUCGUACGACAAUCUUGCUCCUGACUCGACUGUCUAUGUGCGCAUUGUGCCGGUUCCCCAACAGCCUUCAACAGCAUAUCCACACGGUGCAUAUGCGAAUGAAAAUGGCUAUGAAACACGACGGCGACCUAGUUUAGGCGACCCCUUCCAAAUGCUGCCUCCUCACAUGCAGGAACAGUCACAAUCGCCGUCUCGACCAGCCUCAAGGUUGGCUCGGAAGAGAAGCAUUUCACCAACUCAAGGACGGGGGCGCAGAAGUGUAUCGCAACAGAAGGGGGCCUCAUUCACAACUGUCAGCCGUGGUUCCAGUGCCAAUGGAAGCUAUCACGACGACAACGGCUAUAGCGAUAGCGAAGCUGGGCGCAGUUCGGUUUCAGGGUCCAAGAGAGCCAAAAGCGAGCAAUUUGCGAGUUCUGAAAUCAGCACUGCGAAUGUUUUACAAGAUGGCAGACGUGGACAGCCCAUCUUCGACAGCUCUACUCUCCCUCUUUUCGUUCCCCCUCAAGUUCCUGUGACUGCGUCUCAGUCUUCCAUAUCUCCUCAGCGACGGUCCCUACUACAGGAGGCGCCGUCGCCAUUCCACCCUCCGGCUCAAAAGCUGUAUGGAAACCAACAGCACCCAGUCCUAUCCCCUCAAAACUACGGAGAGAACCACCAUACAUAUGGGCCUGGCGACCAAGGUGCAGGUGGUGAGAUGACAACACCAGUGCCUCAGCAUGGUCAUCGGCUGCGGGGCAGAUCUACGAUGCAACAGGGCCACAGUGGUAGACAGGGAUACAACGGAAAUGGAGUGCUCCCCACUCCCGAUCCAACAGUUGCCAGUUGUAUCUCAGAUGAAGAUGUUGCUCGCACUCUGAUCGCAUUGGGUGAUGCCUCAAACUACUCUCAUGGACGUACCUCCAAUUCUACAUUGGAUGAGACUUUCAGCGGUGCUGCAGAUGCAGCUUCUUCUACCGGUGCGACCAGCGAUAGUGAUGAAUACAGUGAUGCAGAAGGAGGUCUUCCGAAAUACAGAAAAUACCUUGACGAUGAGGAUGAGGAUUAUGACCAAGGAAGUCUGGAGCGUGACCACGAUAGUCAUGAUGGGCCUCCCAAAACCAAGAAGAUCAAGACCAAAACGCACGAUGGCCCAACCAAUGGGUAUCGACCAAAAACAACUGCAUCAUUGAAGAAUGAUAAAGCCUCCAAAAUGCGAUCGAACACACUCCCAAAGACUGCUAGGCAUUUAGCACAGCCGGGCCUGAUGAAAGCACCUUCUGCACCGGCAUCAACAGGACAAGUCAGGAAGUCAUCGGGCUCCAGCCUCCACUUUCAACAUCAAAUUGCUGCUGAUGAGGAAGAUCUCUCGUCUAAACCUCGAUGCCAACGAUGCCGAAAGAGUAAGAAAGGAUGCGAUCGUCAACGACCCUGCCAACGGUGCAAAGAUGCCGGUAUUGGUAUCGAAGGGUGUAUCAGUGAGGACGAAGGAAAUGGCCGCAAAGGCCGAUAUGGCAGACACAUGGGUGUUCCGGUCAAGAAAGUUACCGAUGAACCAAUGCCACACGAAGAUUCACCAAUGACUACCACAAACAUGUCCGCUGACGGCACUGCAGUCCACGGGAGUCCCGAUAAAGGCAAAAAGAGGAAGAGGUGA